GAUGAUUAGAAGCAAUCUGCAGGAAGUCUUGCCUAACCAGCUUUCGUGCUUGCUAGCACUCACCAGUCAGCAAGGCAUACCUGAACUUUUGAAGGAAUUCACAUCCCUUCUGAAAUUCGAACCCACGUCACUCAGUGCUGCAAUCAUACAGACAUUACCACUGAGCUGUAGGAGCUCGCGAGUGACCUCCUGUAGAAAUAUAGUGGAUACUUUCACUGGACACUUGACUGACAGAAAUCAGUCUGUCCUGAAGGAAGAAUUAGGCACAAGAUUAUUAGUUAAUGCCUUGCAUCUACUGGAAUUAUCUAAUACAGUCCUACAGGAGGUGAGUCACAGGCCCCAAUAGCUAACUGGUAACAUCUCUCUGCCUGCAUCACAGCUCAUAAGGGGUAUAAACUUCUCCUUCAAGAUUGCAGUUACGCCUCGCCUACUGCUGACUGCCAACAGGCAUAAAACCUAGAUCAGGUAAGGCUGGGUUUUCUAUCGACUACCUCCAACCAUCUAUCUAAUAAUCACUCAGUCAACUAACAGGGAAUACAAAAUAAACAAUUUAGACAACAAAAAAGUAUAUAUCAGUGACAUAAUAUCACUGUGGAAUAAAUAAACAGAAGAAAAUAAGUUGACCUUAAAGUUCACUAGAAAACAAAAAACAACCAACCAACCAACCAACCAAACCAGUUGGUUGAAACACGCUACACAACAACACACACACACACACACUUACAAAGCAUACACAUACCUCUUCCCUUUACAUUAACUUAAAAUAUAGGCAAUAUCUCAUUAUGACAUAUU